AUGUCUGCUUAUCCGCUGGGGACACUACGUCUCACAGUCCAUAAGAGAAUAAGAGGAGACAAAGAUGGCAGCAAAGUGACUACAGUAGUGGCAACUCCUGGACAAGGUCCGGACCGACCACAAGAAGUUAGCUACACAGACACCAAGGUUAUCGGAAAUGGAUCUUUCGGUGUUGUGUAUCAAGCCAAACUCUGUGAUUCAGGAGAGCUUGUGGCCAUUAAGAAAGUCCUGCAGGAUAAAAGAUUUAAGAACAGAGAGCUCCAGAUUAUGAGAAAGUUGGAUCAUUGUAACAUUGUCCGAUUGCGUUAUUUCUUCUACUCCAGUGGAGAGAAGAAAGAUGAGGUGUACCUCAACCUGGUGCUGGACUAUGUUCCUGAAACAGUAUACAGAGUUGCCAGACAUUAUAGUCGGGCCAAACAGACACUCCCUAUGAUUUAUGUCAAGUUAUACAUGUAUCAGCUGUUCCGGAGUUUAGCCUAUAUCCACUCCUUUGGGAUCUGCCACCGGGAUAUAAAACCACAGAACCUCUUGCUGGACCCUGAUACAGCUGUUCUAAAACUCUGCGACUUUGGAAGUGCAAAACAGCUGGUUCGUGGAGAACCUAAUGUCUCAUACAUCUGCUCUCGGUACUACAGGGCACCAGAGUUGAUCUUUGGAGCCACCGAUUAUACCUCCAGUAUAGAUGUGUGGUCAGCAGGCUGUGUAUUGGCUGAACUGUUACUAGGACAACCAAUCUUUCCAGGUGACAGUGGUGUGGAUCAGUUGGUGGAAAUAAUCAAGGUUCUGGGAACGCCUACACGAGAGCAAAUUAGAGAAAUGAAUCCGAACUAUACUGAAUUCAAAUUCCCUCAGAUUAAGGCACAUCCAUGGACUAAGGUCUUCCGGCCCCGCACUCCACCAGAAGCAAUCGCGCUAUGUAGCCGUCUGUUGGAGUACACCCCCACUGCCCGCCUGACUCCCCUGGAGGCCUGUGCGCACUCUUUCUUCGAUGAACUACGGGACCCAAAUGUCAAGUUACCAAAUGGGCGAGAGAAACCUGCACUCUUCAAUUUCACCACUCAAGAACUGUCAAGUAACCCAUCUCUGGCUUCGAUCCUCAUCCCUGCUCAUGCCCGGAACCAAGCAGCUGCUUCAACCCCUACAAACGCUACAGCGGCCUCAGAUGUUAACGCAGGAGAACGAGUUCAGACCAAUAGUGUAGCUACAGCAUCAGCCUCCAACUCCACCUGA